AUGUCUUUUGCAAUAGGACUAAGUGUGCUGUCUUCAAUUUCAACUUCGAAUUCAUUUCCUCUUGAAACAGAACAAAAUUUUGAUAAAGAGAAGGAAUAUAUUUCACUUUUAACGUCCCGUCAACAUUUUAUGAAAUCAGAUAUUGAGAAAGAUGAAGAGGAGGAUACAGAAACGUUCAUAAGGAUAGACUAA